ACUUGCAUUAUUUUUCUUUUGUGUUUAUUUUCGCCGAGAUGACUCACAAAACGGGACGAUUUGUACAAACAAAGACCAAAUUUUUUAUUUCCAAAUGCUAAAUUGCUGAUUUCCGAAAUCGGCGUGUUAGAAUUACAAAGUAAAUAGUGGAAAAUUGCCGGAAAACUACUGGAAAAAUGAUAAUUUACACAACACCAACAGCUUUAAUACUCGAAGAACAAGGAGAACGUGUGGAAUUUGAUCGCAGAAAUGGGAAAGUACUGGAAAAACCGGAAGAAUCGCUGGAAAUCCUCGAUCAAGAUGUGGUUUUGUGCGGAAACGUCGAGUUUUUGAUCGGAAAAAUAUCGUUUGACGAGCAGCAUUUUCUGUUUUUCGUCGUCGAUAGUUCGGUGGUAGCGUGUUAUAGAGGAACGUCAGCCGAGAGCUCCCAUUCAAUCCGGAGAAUCGAGCGGGUUAUCGCGAUAAAUGUGAAAUCCGAUGGCUCCGUGAUAAAAUCUCAAAUCACCCCGGGCUCCGGCACUAAAUUAAAGCAAGGAACCGAGAAAAUAAUGAAGUUUUUCGCGGAAAAAGUGACAAAAGCCGAGCCCCGUCCGGCUUUACUGGAUGAUGUGCUCAAGCUGUUCAAUGAUUCGAAGGAUUUCUACUUUUGUCGAAGCCGUGACGUCACAAUAUCCUCACAAAAGUAUUUCGAGAAGCGUGAGGCUCAUACGUCGGAGGAUUCGUUUUUUUGGAAUAAGAGGAUGGUGGGAAACCUGGGAGAAGCCAAAAUUUCCGAUAAAUUCACAUGCCCAAUUAUGCAAGGAUAUGUGGCCACAAGUCAGCUGGAAAUUACGGAUCAGAUAAACGCCUAUCUGACAAUCACAAUAAUUUCCCGACGAUCUACCCGCCGCGCGGGAGCCCGCUACCUACGACGUGGCAUCGACGAGGCUUCCAACGUGGCAAACUUCGUGGAAACUGAGCUCAUUUUGAACAUUUUCGAGCAUGAGCUCAGUUUUGUGCAGUGCCGCGGCUCGAUUCCCGUAUUCUGGUCUCAGCGUGGCUUCAAGUAUCGCCCACCGCUAAUUAUCAAUAGAUCUGUGGAGGAGACGCAUGGCGUGUUCACGGAGCAUUUUAAACGGCUUAAAGCCCACUACGACACUCCUCUUGUGGCGGUAAGCCUCGUGGAUCAACGUGGCAGAGAGCUUCCGCUGGCUCAGAGGUUUCUGGAGCAUUGUGUGAAGGCCGAUGAUAAUGACGUCACGUUUUUCUCGUUUGAUUUGCAUCAGCAUUGUAGAGGGCUUAAUUUUCAAAAACUCCAAACGCUUAUCUCCUCAAUGGAAGAAACACUGAAAACCAUUGGCUUCUGCUGGGUCGACAAAACCGGAGAAGUGGUUCAAUCCCAAAAAGGCGUCGUCCGAACCAACUGUAUCGACUGUCUGGACCGAACGAAUCUUGUUCAGGGCCAAAUCUCCCUGUUUGUAGUGUUACAGCAGGCUCAACGCCUCGGAAUCUUCGGACCGCUGUGCGAACCGCCCGAAGUGCUCGUACAGACGAUGCAAACGAUGUGGGCUGAUAAUGGAGAUGUGAUAUCGACGCAAUACGCCGGAACCGCCGCGCUGAAGGGAGAUGUGACGAGGAAUGGAGAGCGGAAGCUGAUGGGGGUCAUGAAAGAUGGAUAUAAUAGUGCAUCGAGAUACUACCUAACACACACCAAAGAUGCUCAACGCCAAAAAGCCAUCAAUAUAGUGACAGGACAAACGGAAGCCGACGAAAAUGCAGAAGAAGAGGAAAAUGAGAAGGAAGAAGAAGAGAAUAUCAGUCGAAUGGUGACUGAAACCAUACAAUUCCUGGUUCCAACCCAGCAAACUGUCAUCGCUGGCUGGGGAUUGAUUAACGCAUUCCAAAGUAGCGAUGAAAUCGACACAGUCGUCAUAUUAACCCGCUCCAAUUUGUAUAUUGUAACCUAUGAAAUCGAUGGAGAAAAGAUGACUGAUGUGCAAAUCGUUGCGCUGGAAGAUAUCAAUACUAUUCAAACAGGAACAUCUGGAAAUAAUCGACAAUGUGCUCGACUGGAAACUCUCGAAGGUGUAUUCAUUUGGAGGCCAUCUACUGUUCGGUUAUUUAAUAAUACUGCAAUCCGUCUGAAAUCCUUGGAAGAAGCCAAUGAGUAUAUUUCGUCGGUCGCUGAGCAGAUUCAGGUUGGCAGGAAUAUGCUGACUGGCGCUGAAGGUUCAGUUGUUCCGGUGGCAAAGAUUACGAUCCCUCAAAUGUCGGUUCAUAGAAAAUCGAUGGCUGCGAUGGGUGCACUGUUCGGGAAGAUCAAGCGAGUUGGGAAGCCAUCCAGUCUAUCGAAAAGUGCUUCCACAAUUUCAACUGCUCAACUUCCAGAAACCGAUGGAAACGAAUCGGACGCAUCGCAAAAAUCGGAUCACUUAAUGACGAAAAUCCUGAAAAUGUCACAAUUUAAAUCAGAUUCUCCCCAACCCGAACCAUUUUCCUCGCUACUACCCGCUAUCUCCGAGUGUCAAACUAAAAUUUCACUUUUGUAAAGAAAUAAAUAAAUUAUUGCCUCCUGGA